GUGUUCUUUGCUUUCGUAAACCACGCGCGCUCGCUGAGACUGCGUCUUCUGCACUUCUUCCGGACUUUCUCCCUGAUUUUUCGUAGAACCCGAGCCUUGCCGCCCCCAUCUUGAGGCGUCGGCGUUCCAGCUGUCGAGCCUGCUGCACUGUGUUGCUACCGCGCUCGCGAACCGCCUCACCUGACCGUGAAGGAACGAACUUUUCGCGUCGAGCAUCACCGGCUUUAUUCUGCCCCAGCUCCCGUCGAUUCAGGCCGCCUGAUCAACUCAAGCCCAGACAAAAUGCUCCUCUCACGCCUACGCGACACUGCAGCUGCAGCGCUAGUCCUGCGGACAAGCGGCUCUACCGCGCUGUCCCCGCCCUCUUUCCUCUACCCUGCUUCGCUCGUCAGGCCAACAUCGGGGAAAGCGCCUUCCCUUUUGGCAGCCACGCACACGAGUCCUUUCUCCGCGCCCGUCUGCGCCGCGGUGCAGAGCAAGAGGCUGCUGGGGAGGAGCCAGUCGCUCUUCCGAAAGAACACCGCCUCUGCUUUGCGCAGCUUCAGCUCAAGCGCGCGGAGCGUCUGUGGCGGGCUCUCCAACGCAGAAGCGCGGGCGGCUGUCGAGGCGGCGCUCGACGCGCUCGCCGAAAAAGUCCAAGAAGCAGCCGAACCCAAACGAGAGUUGCUAAAGACCCUCCGAAAGGAACACGGGACCGUGGUCAUCAGCGAGGCCACGCUCAGCACCGUCUGUGGAGGCAUGCGCGGCUUGACCGCCAUCUUGACUGAGACUUCAACUCUGCAUGCAGAGAAAGGAAUUCUUUACCGUGGGCUGACCAUCAACGAGUGUCUCGCGAAGCUGCCUCGCAUGCACAAGGAAGAAUACCCCGCAGUCGAGGGUCUCAUCUGGUUCCUCAUGACAGGUUCGAUCCCAACCGUGAACGAAGUGGAGCUGCUGUCGAACGCACUGUACGCUCUCUCGCUUUCGUCUGCUUCCAGUUCGCCUUCUGCUCCUUUUAUUCCCCCGCAUGUCGGCAAGGUGCUGGACGCCGUGCCUCCCUCGACCCAUCCCAUGACUCAACUGGUGAUGGCCGCAGCGGCUCUGCAGCCCACAUCGGAACUUGCUCAGGCGUACAGACACAAGACUGUCUCGCGCCACGAUCUGUGGAAACCUGCGCUCGCCGACGCGCUUUCACUCAUUGCAAAGAAUGCAGUAAUGGCAGCGCGCAUCUUCCGGCGCUCGUUCCGCGACGGCCAAGAAAUCGACCCUGUGCGAAGUCUAGACUGGGCUGCAAACUUUGGACAUAUGAUGGGCUUCAACUCGAAGGAGCACCAAGAGCUCUUCCGUCUCUAUCUCUUCCUUCAUGCCGACCAUGAGGGAGGAAACGUCUCAGCCCACGCAGCCCACGUCGUUGGCUCUGCUCUCUCCGACCCCUUCCUCGCCUUCUCUGCCGGCAUGGCGGGUCUCGCUGGUCCUCUCCACGGCCUGGCGAACCAGGAGUGCUUGAACUGGCUGCGCGAUGUCCACUGCAAACUCAACGGCGCGGCCCCGACCCGCGAAAACGUAAAAAAGAUUGCAGAAGAUACGCUGGCGAGCGGCCGAGUCAUUCCUGGCUACGGCCAUGCAGUUCUGAGAGUCACAGACCCCAGAUUCACGGCGCAGAGAGAGUUCGCUCUGAAGUACUUGAAGGACGACGAACUGUUUCAGCUCCUCAACGUCGCGUACAACACGAUUCCCGACGUCCUACUUGCCACAGGGAAAGUGAAGAACCCGUACCCCAACGUCGAUUGCCACAGCGGAGUUCUUCUUCAGCACUUUGGAAUCACUGAAGCGGAUUUUUACACGGUCCUCUUCGGCGUGUCACGAGCUAUCGGCAUUGCUUGUCAGUACGUCUGGGACCGCAUCCUCGGCUUGCCUAUUGAGCGACCAAAGUCGACGACGCUCGACCUCUUGAAGGCUGCAUGCGUUGAGAGGAAAGGCAACUAGCUGUUCGCAUAGGAGAGAGAGUCCAGCGAAACGUGUGCAAGGCGAGCAUACACAGCUGUUCUGGGCGAGAGCGGCCGCAGCAGUGGAAAAAGACUGGCGGAUCAACCGAAGGUGUUCGAGAUGGGAACCAGCACUCCAAUCAUUUGAACGGCUCGGCAGAUAAGGUUGAAUUUCGUCUUGUUUCCGAAUUCUCGCCACAGAGACUCCUGUCGGUACCGGCUGUAGCAGAGAGGAGAGGUCUGGACCCUCAGAGGCUAGCGAAAACUGCGCCCAUAUUGUAGAAACAACAGGGAAGAAGUCGGACAGCCGCUCUCGACAGGUGAAUCCUUGAUGGUUUAGGGUUUGAUUCACUUGUAGAAAGACACUAAAAUCAGUGAAUCCAAACACCGUUCGGAACCAGUGUCUCGCGCUGAGUCGAGAGAACAAAGUAACUCACAGGAUGUAUCGAAAGACUGUCUGAAUCGAUCUGCUUC